AAUUAAAAACUUUAUGAUGGAAUUGGAAAAUAAAGUAAGAGCACAAGAUGAUGUGUUCACUAUCUUGACAUUAAGAACAAAUUUAGUCCCCUAUAUGGACAAAAUUCAUACGUUAAAUAUCAUUCAUAAGGACUGCAUUCUAGAUUGGCACAGCACACCUGCAAAUGUAUGUGUUACUAAUUUAUUAACAAAGCUGUACAAUAAUUGUCAUAUUGCUGAAGCAGAAAUUGCCUCAUUUAGCUUUAUCAUUUUUGUAAACUGUAUAAAAGUUUAUUUGAAUAUAAUAACAUUGUGGUUGAAUUCCGGGGGUUUGGAAGAUUGGCAAGAUGAAUUCACUAUAGCUAGCGAAAAUAAAGCUAAUGAUAAACUGGGCGAUUAUUAUCUAAGAAGUAUGGAUGAAUAUGAAAUUUAUAAACAGAAUCAAAUGCUAAGCACUCUCAUGAAUAAAGUUUUAAAUGCUGGACAAAGUAUUAGAAUCCUGCAAAAACUUGGGCAUAUUAAAGAUAUUUCAAAAACAACAAAAUUAAAAGAAAAUUUAUUCAAAUCCUUCUUCCGUGAAAUAUUACAAGCCUUGCCACCAAAUUUAAAUAGAAAUCAAUUUUUUCGAAAAACUGGCAUUAACAAUGAACCAAAUAAAUUAUUGUUUAUGCCAGAUAUUCAUAAUUCUUUAUUAAAAGAAGUUUUCAAGAGACAUGUGAGAGAGAUUCGACCACGUAUAAUCUACAAUGAAGAAACAAAUUAUGUUGAUGAAUUAUGUGCCAGAAUGAAAUUGGCACCGAGUCGUCCAUUAGAAUCUAUAUUGGAUAAAGCUUUAAACGAAGUUCUAGAAAGCAAUUGCAACGAAACAUGCAAAUUAGUAGUAACAGUUUUGAAAGAAGAUUUUGAUCUUAGUAAACAUUUGGAUGCAUUGCAGAAUGUGAUGAUAAAUCAGACAGCAGGAAUAUUAUUUAAUUUCUACUUUCAGUUAUUCACUGAGAUGGAUGAGGGCGAUGAAUGGCAAAGUCCUUAUUAUAUGAACUGUAAACUAGAAGCAUUUCUUUCGUAUACUAAAUUCUGUAAUUUGACACAUUUAUUUUGUGUUCAUUUAACGAAUCCAUCAGCAACUUAUACCAGUAAAUUAAAAGCAUUGAGUGAUAUAAAGGUAUCAUACAGCAUAGUAUAUCCAAUAUCUUUGGUUAUUUCUGAAAGAAUCUUAAAAAAAUAUGAUGAAUGUAUGCAAUUUUUAUUGAAACUUAAUUGGUGUACAUGGGCAUUAAGAAAUUUGAUAUUUUCAAAUGGACUUAGACGCCAUACUUACGUUCGAGCUGUAGAGGUGGUAUCAAAGAGAUUGCAAGUUCUUAGAUAUUGGCUAUUGCAUAGUAUAGGUUCUGUUUACAGUUACAUAUACGGCCAAGUUCUAACUGUAGCAAAGGCUUGCUUACAAAACAAGAUGGAAUCAGCCAUAGCGCAUGAGGACCUUUAUUGCGCCCACGAACAAUUUAUUAAUUAUGUUCACGAUCAUUGUUUUCUAAGUAAAAAAUAUAAAGCAGUGUUAAAUGUUAUAUUACAGCUUUUUCAAAUGGUUGAAGUGAUACGUUCAGAGUGGGUACACAAAUUUGAAAAUACAUAUGGCUUCAGUGAUAGUCAUUAUUAUGACGUUGUAAAGGAUUUUGAACAAAUUUGCACUAUGGAAACUAUAUUCGUCAGAUGCCAUUCUUACCUCCAUUCAGUUUCUCAAAAAAGCUCUCAGGAUAACAAUGCACUGAGUAAUCUCUGCUGCGCUUUUGAUUUCGAUAUACCUAAAGCAUAUAGCAAUAUCACAUGAAGAUAUAUCAAUUUUAAUAUU